AUGGUCUUCUUCAAAUCUUUAGUUGCCGUAAUGGCAACUAUCUCUCUUGUUGCUGCCCACCCUGGUGACAGCGUCGAAGCAAUCAAGCGUGAGAUGGCAAUGCGCAACACGCAGCAUGCUGCUGCUACCAGAUCUUUGUCCCAAUGUCAAAAUUCGGCAGAGGCUCUUGCACUGAAACAACGGGCGGCUGCUCGUCGGGCAGCCAAAGUCAAAGAACUUCGGGCAAAGCGUGGACUCACUACCGAGAGUCUAAGUCAUCAAAAAAGAGACCUCACGUCUCUUGAAUACUAUACGACAGUGAAUCACAACGAAUCAGCAGCCUUAGGCUACACCCUCGAUACACCCGAAGCUACUAUAUUCGGAUCAAACAACACCUGCGCCCUUGUUCCCGAAACGACAAUCGGUCCUUAUUAUGUAACAGGAGAGUACAUUCGAUCGAACAUCACCGAAGGACAAGCAGGUGUUCCAAUGCACAUCGAACUGCAAUUCGUUGACACGAAUACUUGCGAACCUGUGUCCGAGGUCCUAGCCGAUGUCUGGCAUUGCAAUAGCACUGGGGUCUAUUCAGGUAUCGAUACCAGCGAAGGUGAAGGUGGCCUGAACUCGACUUUCCUGCGAGGUGUACAAGCUUCCGAUGAGGAAGGUGUUGCUUCUUUCGAUACGUUAUUUCCAGGGCAUUAUGAUGACCGCAUCACGCACUUUCAUCUUGUGGUGCAGACAAACGCUACUCUUUUGCCUAAUGAUACUUACACCGGUGGAACGACUCUGCAUGUUGGGCAGAUUUACUUUGAGGAUGCACUUGUGGAGGCUGUGGAGGCGACUACUCCUUACAACACUAAUACGAUUGCAUUCACGACCUGGGAAGUAGAUGGAUGGAUGCUGGAAGAGGCAACGACUGAUUAUGACCCUUUCGUGGAAUACGUGCAACUCAGCGAUAAUCUGGAGGAUGGAUUGUUAGCAUGGAUUACGGUGGCAUUGGAUUUGAGCAGUAAUCAUUCGUCCAACUUGACGGCGGCUGCGCAUUACUACUCAACUGGUGGGGUGGCUGUCAGCGGUAGCAGCAAGGGUCUGCCUCCUUCCAAUCCCAAUGCAUCUUGA